UCCAACACAACUUGAUUUUCUCAUUCAACAGAAACCACAAAUGGCCACUCAAUACCGCGAACUUGGAAAAACUGGAGUUAAAGUACCUGCCAUUGGCCUUGGCUGCAUGGGCAUGUCUGAAUUUUAUGGAGAAAGCGACGAAUCCGAAAACUUGAAGGUGUUGCAGCACGCUAUCGACAUUGGAUGCAACUUCUGGGAUACUGCUGAUAUGUAUGGCUGGGGUCGCAAUGAAGAAUUGAUCGGCAAGAUCCUCAAGUCUCAACGUGAUAAGGUCUUCAUUUGCACAAAAUUCGGUAACAUGCGUGGUCCCAACGGUGAAUUCCUCGGUGUUAACGGAACCCCAGAAUACGUUCGUCAACAGUGCGACAUCAGCAUGAAGCGUCUAGGUGUUGAUGUGAUCGAUUUGUACUACCAACACAGAGUCGAUCCCAACGUUCCUAUUGAGGAAACCAUCACCGCCAUGGCUGAACUUGUCAAGGAGGGUAAGGUUCGCUAUCUCGGUAUGUCCGAGUGCUCUGCAGAAACCCUUCGCCGCGCCUACAAGGUUCAUCCUAUUGCCGCUGUACAAAUGGAGUAUAGCCCUUGGUCGCUUGAUAUUGAGAAGAACGGUUUACUGGAUGCCGCCAAGGAGUUGGGCGUUACCAUUGUUGCAUACUCCCCAUUGGGCCGCGGUAUGUUGACUGGAGCUUACACCAAGGCAGAGGACUUUGAGGAAGGUGAUUUCCGCCGAUACGCACCACGAUUCCAAGGUGAAAAUUUUGCAAAGAACUUGAAGCUGGUCAAGAAGUUGGAGGAACUUGCAGCCAAGAAGGGCGUGACAGCUAGCGAGUUGACUCUCGCUUGGGUCCUUGCUCAAGGCUUUAUUGCUAUCCCCGGCACCAAGAAGAUCAAGUAUUUGGACUCCAACUUUUCCGCUGACAAGAUUCAAUUGACUGCUGAGGAAAUCCAAGAAAUUCGUGACAUUAGCGAAGCAGCUGAAGUUGCUGGAGAGAGAUAUCCUGCUGCUCAUUUGGCAAGCACCAAUAUUUAAAUGCUUUGUCAUAAAUAAAUUAAAAAUGUUGUUCUUUGGUUAAAUA